AUGACCGCCGAGGAGCGCGCCGAGGCAUCCCCAGGACCAGCAUGCAUCGCCGCUGACCCCUCGUACCUCACAUCCGUCGCUUGGUGCAUCAAGAAUCGUUGCCAAGACGGAACUCUACCGUCAGCAAUCCAAGAAUUCUGGGAAACAAAGCUCAUCUAUGGGCAAGAUGAGCCUGGUGUCGUACUCAAAUACGCGACAUACUUCGAAGCCCUCAGUCAUGUCAACACGACAGUUCCGCCUUUGCCGAGGUCGCCUGACGAGACAAUACUCAACCGUACCAUAUCUCUGACAGAUGACGAGUAUAUUGGGUAUCUGAAUGCAGCUCUCUCCUAUCAUGACACUGCCCUAGCCGGAUCUCAUGGAAUGUGA